AUGGAGAAGUUAGACAUUCCUUCGCAUGAAAUGUAUGAAGAUAUGCAGCACGCCUUUCGUGAGCAAGACAAGUACAACUUUCUGGCCAUAUCGGAUGGAAGCGUGAUAAACUCGUACAUGAAAAAAAACGUCGUCGACUGGAACAAUCGUUACAGCUACAACCAAUUGAAGAACAAAGACAGCCUGAUAAUGUUCCUGGUGGACAUUUUCAGGUCCCUAUUUCUUUCAAACUGCAUUGAUAAAAAUAUCGACAAUGUUCUCUCCAGCAUAGAACAGAUGUUCACGGACCACUACUACAACCCCAUGCAUAGCCGUCUGAAGUAUUUGAUAGACGACGUGGGAAUAUUCUUCACGAAGCUACCAAUAACGAAGGCCUUCCACACAUACAACAGGAAGUACAGAAUAACGAAACGGUUAUACGCCCCCCCAACGUUCAACGAAGUUCGGCACAUCCUCAACUUGGCACAGAUCCUGUCUCUGGAGGACGGACUGGACUUGCUGACCUUCGAUGCAGACGAGACGCUCUACCCAGAUGGAUACGACUUCAACGACGAAGUUUUGGCCAGCUACAUCUCUAACUUGCUCAAAAAAAUGAACAUAGCAAUAGUUACCGCGGCCUCUUACAGCAACGAUGCGGAAAAGUAUCAAAAGCGUCUGGAGAAUUUGCUGCGGUACUUUUCCAAGAACAACAUCGAAGACGGCUCGUACCACAAUUUCUACGUCAUGGGUGGUGAGAGUAAUUACCUAUUUAAGUGCAACGAAGAGGCUAACCUGUACUCCGUUCCAGAAGAGGAGUGGCACCAUUAUAAAAAAUAUGUGGACAGAGAAACCGUUGAGAAAAUACUAGACAUUUCUCAAAAAUGCUUACAACAAGUUAUUACAGAUUUUAAAUUAUGUGCGCAAAUUCAAAGGAAAGAAAAGUCCAUAGGGCUAGUCCCGAACAAGAUCCCGUCGGCGAACAGCCAGAAGGAACAAAAGAAUUACAUGAUAAAGUACGAAGUCUUGGAGGAGGCGGUGAUCCGCGUAAAGAAGGAAAUCGUGAAAAACAAAAUAACGGCACCUUACUGCGCUUUCAAUGGGGGACAAGACCUUUGGGUAGACAUUGGAAACAAGGCAGAAGGGUUAAUCAUUUUACAGAAAUUGUUGAAAAUCGAAAAAAAAAAAUGUUGUCACAUUGGAGAUCAGUUCUUACACUCGGGAAAUGACUUCCCCACGAGGUUUUGCAGCUUAACCUUGUGGAUUAGCAACCCGCAGGAAACCAAAGCCUGUUUAAAGAGUAUAAUGAACCUAAACAUGAAGUCCUUUAUUCCUGAAGUUUUGGACGAAAAUGAGUAG